AUGUGCAGCUUGAUCUGACUACACCCCUUUUGAGAAACCAGCCUGAGUAAGAACUGCUGGGAAUAGGCACCCAUUUAAGGAAUAAAGGAAGACGCAGCAAUGAAAUUUUAGUUGUUGCACUAGAUAAAGAGAACUGUGAUUUGACUGUGCUUCCAGAGUACUAUUUCUAAUUUUCCUGACAUUAUUCAGAGAACAGAAACUUCUGAAUUCAGAAAACUGAAAGAAAUUGUCUCAAAAUCAAAUUUCAAGUAAUUUGAGUCUGAAUUGGUAUCCUGCAGCUUAAUGCCUUUGAUAAAAAUUGUUCAAUUCAAUUUGAAGACUAAAUGAUCAUGAAACAGAAAAGUGUAUAUCAUCAAACACGAGCACUUCUACAAAAGAAUUUUCUUAACAAAUGGAGGAUGCGAAGAGAGAGUUCAUUGGAAUGGGGACUCCCAAUGCUUCUAGGACUGUAUAUGGGUAUAUUUUCAUAUUUGAAGUUUAAUGAUCUUUUUCCUGAAAUGCCUCCUAAAGAUCUAGGAAGAGUUGAUAAUUUUAAUAGCUCUUCUCUAAUGGUUGUGUAUACACCAAUCUCUAGUAUAACCCAACAGAUAAUGAAUAAAACAGCAUUGUCUCCCUCCUUGAAAGGAGUAAAAGUCAUUGAGGCACCAAAUGAAAAACAUGUGGAUGAAGUGCUUGAACAUAAUGUACCGUUUGCUGUGGGAAUCAUCUUUAAUGAUACUUUCUCUUACAAGUUAAAAUUUAUUGAUUUCUAUCAAAUUCCAUUAUUGAAACAAGAAAUUUUUUCAGCUCAUUGCUUUAAUGGAUAUUUGGAGAAUAAAUGUUCGUUGACCAAAUACUGGACUAGAGGAUUCGUAACUUUGCAAACCACCCUGAAUGCUGCUAUUAUAGAAAUCACAACAAACCACUCUGUGAUGGAGGAAUUGAUGUCAGUUACUGCUACAAAUAUGAAGACAUUACCUUUCAUUUCUAAAGAUAUUCUUCAAAAUGAGUUGUUUAUUUUUUUCACCUUGUUUUAUUUCUCCCCAUUUAUAUAUUUUGUAUCGGUCAAUGUUACAAAAGAGAGAAAAAAGUAUAAAGAUUUGAUGAAAAUGAUGGGUCUACAAGAUUCAGCAUUCUGGCUCUCCUGGGGUUUGAUGUAUGCUGGUUUCAUCUUUAUUAGUUCCAUAUUCAUUACAGUUAUCAUAACAUCCAGCCAAAUCGUAGUUAUGACUGGUUUCAUGGUCAUAUUUACACUGUUUUUCUUAUAUGGAGUAUCUUUGGUAGCCUUAGCAUUCCUACUGAGUGUGUUGUUAAAGAAAGCUGCCCUCACCAAUUUGAUUGUGUUUCUCCUUACCUUAUUUUGGGGGUGUGUGGGAUUCACUGUAUAUUAUAAACAACUUCCUUCAUCUCUGGAGUGGAUUCUAAGUAUUUGUAGCCCCUUUGCCUUUACUGCUGGAAUGUCUCAGAUUAUCCACCUAGAUUUUAACAUGAAUGGUGUAAUUUUUCCUGAUCCUUCAGGAGACUCAUAUAAAAUGAUAGCAACUUAUUCUAUGCUGGCUUUUGAUGGUCUUAUUUACUUGGUAUUGGCAUUAUACUUGGACAAAAUCUUACCCUAUGGAAAGGAGCGCCAUUACUCUCCAUUAUUUUUCCUGAAUUUUUUCUCUCGUUUCCAACACCAGAGGACUGAUAAUAAGAUCAUUGAGAAAGAAAUAGAUCCAGAGCAUCUGUCCGAUGAUUGUUUUGAGUCAGUGGCUCCUGAAUUCCAAGGGAAGGAAGCCAUCAGAAUCAGAAAUGUUAAAAAAGAAUAUAAGGGAAAAUCUGGAAAAGUGGAAGCUUUAAAGGGCUUGUUCUUUGACAUAUACGAAGGUCAAAUAACUGCGAUUCUGGGUCACAGUGGAGCUGGUAAAUCUUCACUUCUAAAUAUCCUUAAUGGAUUGUCUGUUCCAACACAAGGAUCAGUUACCAUCUAUAAUAAAAAUGUCUCUGAAAUGCAAGACCUAGAGGAAAUCAGAAAGAAAACUGGUGUUUGCCCUCAAUUCAAUGUUCAAUUUGACAUACUCACUGUGAAGGAAAACCUCAGCCUGUUUGCUAAAAUAAAAGGGAUUCAUCCACAGAAAGUGGAACAAGAGGUACAACGAAUUUUGUUGGAAUUGGACAUGAAAGACAUUAAGGAUAACCUUGCUAAAGAUUUAAGUGAAGGACAGAAAAGAAAGCUGACCUUUGGCAUUGCCAUUCUAGGAGAUCCUCAAGUGCUGCUGUUAGAUGAACCAACUGCUGGACUGGAUCCUUUUUCAAGGCAUCGAGUAUGGAGCAUUCUGAAGGAGCGCAGAGCAGAUCAUGUGAUCCUUUUCAGUACCCAGCUUAUGGACGAGGCUGACAUUCUGGCUGAUAGAAAAGUGAUCAUGUCCAAUGGGGGAUUGAAGUGUGCAGGCUCUUCUGUCUUCUUGAAGAGAAAAUGGGGUCUUGGAUAUCACUUGAGUUUGUAUAAGAAUGAAAUAUGUGAUCCUGAACAAAUAAUGUCCAUCAUUAAUCAUCACAUCCCUGAUGCAAAAUUAAAAACAGAAAAUAAAGAAAAGCUUGUGUAUACUUUGCCUUUGGAAAGGACAAAUAAAUUUCCAGAUCUUUUCAGUGAUCUUGAUAAAUGCUCAGGCCAAGGAAUAAUGAGUUACGAUAUUUCCAUGUCAACUCUGAAUGAAGUCUUCAUGAAACUGGAAGGAAAAUCAGAUAUUAAGCAAGGUUUUAAACAAGCAGAGACAGUAAGAGAUUCAGACAGCCUAAAUGAAAUGGAGACAGCUCCCUCCUUUCUCCCUGAAAUUCAGAACACUGUGAGUGACAUGGGCCUCUGGAGAAUGCAGGUCUGUGCCAUAGCGUGGCUCCAUUUCUUAAAGUUUAAACGUGGAAGAAAAUUGCUUUUGACCCUACUAUUGAUACUGGGAAUUGCAAUGUUUCCCUUGAUUAUAGAAACGAUACUUUUUCACAUAACAAAUGAGAAGACUGAUUGGGAAUUUAAAACUGAAUCGUAUUUCCUCUCUCCUGGCCAACUUCCCCAAGACCCUCGCACUAGCUUGUUGAUCAUCAACAAAACAGAAUCAAACAUUGAAGAUUUUGUACAGUCACUGAAGCAUCAAAAUAUACUUUUAGAAGUAGAUGACUUUGGGAACAGAAAUGGCACUGAUGCACUCUCAUACAAUGGAGCUAUCAUAGUUUCUGGUAAACAAAAGGAUUAUAGAUUUUCAGUUGUGUGCAAUACCAAGAGAGUACACUGUUAUCCUAUCCUUAUGAAUAUUAUCAGCAAUGGGCUACUUCGAAUGCUUAAUCAUCAACAAUAUAUUCGAACUGAGAGAAGUGCAUUUCCUUUUGAAAUUUUAUUUGCUUGGACUGGGCUGGCAGAAGGCUCCACGUUCUUAAUUUUUACUGCAUGUAGCAUUUCUCCUUAUAUCGCCAUGAGCAGUGUCAGUGAUUAUAAAAAGAAAGCCAAGUCCCAGCUAUGGAUUUCUGGCCUCUACCCUUCUGCUUACUGGUGUGGGCAGGCUCUGCUGGAUAUCAAUCUCCUCAGUUUCAUUCUCCUUCCAGUUUUUUUAGUUGUUUACAUAGCAAACAAGGCAUACAUUCAUAUUUCAGCUCAAACUGUGUUUGCUCUGGUUACAUUUUUAUUUGGUUAUGGAGCAUCUCUUGUCUUCCUGACAUAUGUGAUUUCAUUUAUUUUUCGCAAGAGGGGAAAAAAUAGGGAACUUUGGUCGUUUUGCUUCUAUAUUGUCUUUAUCAUGACGCUCAACAUCUUUUCAGUCUAUGACUUAUAUAUAACUGAAAUGAUUACCAGCAUGAUAUUAUUUCCUCCUGCUACCCUGUGUGGAUUUCUAGUGGUUUUGGUAAAGAUAUCACAUGAGUUCUAUAAUGAAAAUAAUGAUUCAGAAUUUGAACUUACUGAAGUUUAUCUUCUAGUAUGCCUGAUACCCUACCUUCAGGUUUUGAUAUUAAUUUUUGUUCUAAGAUGCCUGGAACUAAAAUGUGGAAAGAAAGUAAUACAAAUGGAUCCUAUUUUCAGAAUUUUCCCCCAAAGUAGAGAUGCCCGACCGAAUCCAGAAGAAACUGUAGAUGAAGAUGAAGAUGUUCAAGCAGAAAGAUUAAGAACAGCAACUGCUCUGACCACUUCAAAAUUAGAUGAGAAACCAGUCAUACUUGCCAGCUGUCUACACAAAGAAUAUGAAUGUCAGAAGAAAAACUGCUGUUCAAGGAGGAAGAAGAAAAUAGCAGUAAGAAAUAUCUCUUUCUGUGUUAAAAAAGGUGAAAUUUUGGGAUUACUAGGACCCAAUGGCGCUGGUAAAAGUUCAUCUAUUAGAAUGAUAUCUGGAAUCACAAAGCCAACAGCUGGAGAGGUGGAACUGAAAGGAUGCACUUCAGUUGGGAGUCACCUAGGAGAAGGCAUGGUCACGUUCUUGGGGUACUGCCCUCAGGAGAAUGUGCUGUGGCCCUUCCUGACCCUGAAGGAACAUCUGGAGUUGUACGCGGCUGUGAAAGGCCUGAAGAAAGGGGAUGCUGCCAUAGCCAUUUAUCGGUUAGUGAAUGCGUUCAAUCUGCAUGAGCAGCUGAAUGUUCCAGUGCAGAAGUUAACAGCAGGAAUCACUAGAAAGCUGUGUUUUGUGCUAAGCAUUCUGGGAGAUUCACCUGUUCUGCUUCUGGAUGAACCGUCUACAGGCAUGGAUCCAACAGGGCAGCAGCAAAUGUGGCAAGUAAUCCAGGCAGCUGUAAAAAACACAGAAAAGGGUAUUCUCUUGACCACCCACUACCUGGCUGAGGCUGAGGCGCUGUGUGACCGCCUGGCAAUCAUGGUGUCUGGAAGGCUGAGAUGCAUUGGCUCCGUUGAACAUCUGAAAAGAAAAUUUGGCCAGGAUUAUAUUCUAAAACUGAAAGUGAAAGAAGCUGCUCAAGUGACGUUGGUCCACAAGGAGAUUUUGAAGCUUUUCCCACAGGCUGUACAGCAAGAAAGGUGUUCCUCCUUGUUGACCUAUAAGCUUCCCACAGCAGAUAUUUACCCUCUGUCUCAGGCAUUUCACAAACUAGAGACAGUGAAACAUAACUUUACCUUGGAAGAUUAUAGCCUUUCUCAGUGCACAUUGGAAAAGGUUUUCAUAGAGCUUUCUAAGGAACAGGAGGUGGGAGAUGCUGAUGAAGAAGUUGAUACAACCAUGAGAUGGAAACUCCUCUCUCAUUUAGAUGAACCUUAAAACCUCAAGCUUAGUAAUUAUUAAUGUCCUAUAAACAUACAUUAUAAGUAAUGAUUAGCAGUAUGAAUAACUUUAAAGAUCAUUUAAUAUUAGUGUCAGGUAUAUUUUGUAUGUUUAUUCAAUUAACGUAUACGUUUAAAAAAUGUUAUUCCUCUAGGAGUUAGGGGUGGUAAAAAAUCUGUGAUAAAGAAAAUACUGAAUAUUUGUAGUCACCAAAAAGCUGGAUGCUGAGGGAUGUGGAAAUAAAACUGUAAACCUGAA